AUGGCUUCAGGAGAGUACACAAGUCAAGAUGACUUUAAAUUCUCAUAUGACUCUCUUCAUUUGGCUUUCGCUACCGGUCAAACCAAGUCGAUCAAGUGGCGGAAAUGGCAACUCAAGCAGCUUUGGUGGAUGAUCGUCGAAAACGAGGAUCGCAUCAUCAAGACUCUGCAGCAGGAGAUGAACCGCCCGGCCUUCGAGACGGUUGCCAUGGAGCUGUUUAGCAUCAAAGCUGACAUCGUGCAAUUCCUGGAGCGCGUUGACGAAUGGGCAGAGGGCGAGAAGCCUGACGCGGGCUUUUUCAUGGGGACUUUGGCCAAGGCUUGGAUGAGAAAGGAACCACUGGGUGUUGCCUUGAUUAUCGCUGCUUGGAAUUUCCCUUGGUACACGCUCUUGAGCCCUGCUAUCGCUGCUAUCGGUGCAGGUAACGCCGUCAUGCUCAAGCCAUCUGAAGUUACAUCGGCCUCUCAAGCAUUGCUUGUUGAACUGGUGCCCAGAUAUCUAGAUCAGAAUGCCAUUCGCGUUGUGACUGGAGGACCGGCCGAGACGGGCCAUAUCCUCAAGCAUAAAUUCAAUCAUAUCUUCUACACUGGAGGCAGCAAAGUCGGGCGGAUCAUUGCAGAAGCCGCCGCCAAACAUCUCACCCCGGUCGUGCUCGAACUUGGCGGACAAGCACCCGUCAUAGUCACCAAGUCAGCCAAUAUCGAUGUCGCCGCAAAGAGAGUUGCCCAUGCCAAACUCACCAACAGUGGACAAGUCUGCCUCAACGCCAACCACAUCUUCGCCGACCCUGCCAUCCACGACCAGUUCCUGGAACGCCUACGAUACUGGUUCGACAAAUUCCUCGAGAAAGGAGAUUCAGCGGAACUGUCAUCCAUCAUCAACGAACGUCACUUCGAUCGAGUUGCCGGCCUGCUGAAGUCGACCUCGGGCGUUGUCGUGUACGGCGGCAACACCGAUCGAUCGAAGCGAUACGUCCAACCCACAGUGGUGCGCGAUCUCACGAUGGACGAUUCCCUACUGUCUGAAGAGCUGUUCGCGCCCAUCGCGCCCAUCGUAGUCGCCGACGUCGACCGUGCCAUUCGGAUCAUCAACUCGAUGCCCCACCCCUUGGGACUGUACAUCUUCUCCGGCGACCAAGCGGAGAUCAAGCACGUGCUCGACAACACGAGUUCCGGGGGCGUCACCAUCAACGACCUCAUGCUGCACGCCGGCGUUCCCAACGCUCCGUUCGGCGGUGUGGGCGAGAGCGGCUACGGCGCCUACCAUGGUAAACACGGAUUCGAUGCAUUUUCACACACCCGCACCAUCGUCGCACCACCCAAUUGGAUGGAGACCGUCCUCAGCUUCCGCUACCGGCCUUUCGACCUCAAGAAUCUGAAGUACAUCGGAGUUUCUGACAAGAUAAUCGGGAAGCCGGGUCAGACCCUCGAGGACCAAACUGUGGGCCGUCCGACUGGGCUGGGAAAGAUCGUGAAGACCGCCGUCUUGGCCGUCGCCGUCCUGGCCGCCGCUGAUGGUGCCUCGGGCGGGAAACUCCUUUUCGUCCACACUCUCAGGGACGUCUUUCACAGAGUUUGGCCUCGGCCCUGA